CAAGCAAGCAAAUCGCUUUUUUGUUGUGAUUAUUUUAUUUGAUUAAAAUGCAAUUAACAAUAAUUUAUAUUAAUCUUAUGUACUUAUAAGAUUAUGCAAAACAUAUGUUUAACCAAAAGAUUGCGCAACAGUGACAUAAAUGUUAAGGUUAUAGUUAAACAAACCGAAGUGUUGUGUUUGUGAAUAUGGAUCCCGGCGGAGGUUCCAGUAAAUCUGGCAAAAAGGAUGCCGAAUCCUUACCAUCGAGUAAAGCUGCGACAUCGCCAACAGAUAAAAGCAAGAUUUCUACAAAGCUGACACCAUCAAGUAAGGGUGUUGAAAAUGCUAAAAAGAGGCUUCGUGCAUUUUCUAUACAGAAGAAAGCUGCCAUCACACCUAUAGUUGUUCCCAAACCCUCUUCAUCAUCCAGUAACACAACAACAGUGAUAAUUGGUAAACUGACGGGUGUGAAGGUGACACCCAAGAUUGAGCCUGACCCAGAACUGAAGAAACUGAAGCCUCCCAAACCUGGGGCGUCUAGGCGUGCUAUUCAAGAUUCAUAUGUUGAAGUUCAAAAGCGCACUCUAUCAGAGAUAGAAGACAUGAAGAGAAAGAUGGAACUAGUGGAUCUGGGGAUACCGCUGGGCCUCAUUUGCCCAACCUCCACCAAUGAGAAGGCCAUGCCCACUAAGGCUAUGCCACCUAUUAAAUCGCUUCUUGAUCCAGCGAAAGUAGACGAACUUAUUCGCGAAGCAAAAAAAGCAAAACAGGAAGGUAGAGAAUUUAAAUUUGAUUAUCAGAAGCUUUUACCCGAUUAUGACAAUCCAUUCCAAAAGAAAAAGGAUGAACCCUUAUCGCAGCCAACGUACGAAAAAGAACGUAGGUCAGAACGCCGCAGAAGUGAGUCGGAAAGAGAUAGAGACAGGAGAAGAACAGAAAAAUAUGACAUAAAAAGACAUGACUACAAAAAAGACAUAAAAUACAAAGACAGAAGAUAUGACGAUUCUCAAAGAGAAAAUACGGAUGAAAAAGAGACAGAUGUGAACCUCAACGACUAUUUAGUUUGCGACAGUUGGUCUUUAGAAAAUGAUGAUAAGAACAGCACAUCAAGUCCUAGGGUUUCAGACAAGCCAGCCAAUCCUUUACCACCAUUGCCGACUGCGCCAAUCCCAGAACAAAAAAUCCCCUUACCACCCGCACCUAAAACACCAACUGUCAAAAUUACUGAAACUUUGAAAACUAGUGCUGUAGAUAGUCCGAAAACUAGUGCUGCAGUACCGACUAAAAUCGAAAAGUUACAGCCAGUAAUGGAUUCUUUUAAAUUCGAAAUCGAUCCUAAUGAUGAUGAAAUUUUAGAUAUUUUUGACGAAGAUUCCGAUUUAAAUAAAUAUGCUCAAGAAACUAAAGCUAAACUAACUUAUGACUAUUACGACUCACCCAAUAAAAGUAUUGUAGAUUACGACCAAGAUAACGAGAACUCUUCUAUGGAUGGUAUUAACGAUGACACAUUUUUAGAGUCAGUGAUAAGAGAAAUAAAACAAGAGAACUUAAGCGACGAGGAAAGUCAGGAUAGAGGGUUAGUUGAAUACGACAUGUCCCCAAAUAAAGAAGAGAGUCCAGAAAUUAGAUCGCGGAGUUCCGUAACCCCAGAAAUGGAUGAAAAAAUGAUGAAUCAAAGCCAAAGAGGUGACUAUUCUGAAGGCUAUAGAUCUGAUAGCUAUAAAAGUGUUGAUACGGUAGAAAGUGGCUAUAAAUCCGUGGAAAGUGGAUAUAAAUCUGUGGAAAGUGGAUAUAAAUCCGUGGAAAGUGGAUAUAAAUCCGUAGAAAGUGGAUAUAAAUCUGUGGAAAGUGAAUAUAAAUCCGUCGAAAGUGAAUAUAAAUCCGAGGAAAGUGAAUAUAAAUCCGUGGACAGCUUCAGGUUGUCCGUAGAAAAGGAGCUAGAUGAAGCCUUGGAGGCGAAAAUGUCAAAAUCGACGGUUGAUUCGUUGGAGACUUGGAGUUUCGUCCUGAAGAUCUGUCAGCCGUUGCUGUUUAGGCAUGAUAAGAAUAAAUGUUACAAAGAAACCCGUACAACUCCCACACUGUGGUUCGCGGAGAACCCGAAGGCGUGCAGCUGUGUGAAGGACCGCGGCGUUGUCUAUGACGAGCUCGAGAUGUGCAAGAUGGGGCUCGUCGACCGCGUCUACGGAUGCGACCAGAUCCCAGAUGCCCCGUGCCCAAAGACGCGCAAGUGGUACCCUCGCAACAGUCUGUACUCCACCGAGAACACGCCAGUGCCACUGUCCAGCGAGUGGGAAGCCGAGGACAGUCAACUGGCUGAGAGGAGUGAUAUGGGGUCAAAUUGUACAACUCCCCUGAGGAACGAUGAGAUGUCACUGGACUUGGAGUAUCAGAGGUUCAUGGAAGCGGUGUGGCCAGAUGUAGUAGAAUCCAAAGCAGACACGUCCAGAAGUACGACCCCCGUACGACAGGAGUCCAGAAAGAAGAAGAAGGAACUUCCUGAGAAGGACACAGAAGAGAAGAAGCCUAAGAAGAUAAAGCUCAGCAGCGAAGGGUGGAGCCAGGAGUCUGAUGUUGAGGAAGAAGAUAAGGGUAAAAAACUAAAAAUGGGGAAGGAAAAAGUGAAAUCUCGCAAAAGAAAGCAUUCCACGUCCACGCUAUCGUCCGUGUCUGAAAGCGAUGAUGAGGAUAAGAAAAAGAGGAAACUGCUUAAAAAGAAGGCCAUAAAGAAGGCAAAAUCAAAGUCAGCAAAACGUCGGCGUGUGGGACGAAAGCUUUUAAAAAAAUUAAAAGAAAAGCAAAAGAAAAGAAGCAAAGAAAAAGAAACUGAGGAAGUCGAUAGUGACAAGAAAAAAGAGAAGAAAUUAAAGAAAAAGAAACAGCAGAAGUUAAAAAAGAAAGAGUUGAAAAAGAAGAAGAUCGAAGCACAAUCGAGCAGCUCAAGCUCUUCUAGCAGUGAUUCAAGCGAUUCCGAGUCAGACGGCGACAGAAAGGUUAAGAAGGCAAAGAAGAAAGCUCUAGAAGGAAAGAAGAAGGUGAAGAAGUUAAGAAAGCUGUCAACAUCAGACUCUAAUCAAAGUGAAGAGUUGUUUGAUGUGAAUAUAUUGAAUAAUAUUAAAACUGAAAGGUUAACCGACGAUGAAAUAGUAGGACACAAAAUGAUGGACUUCUCCCCGCGAAGACAGAAACCGAGAGAAAUCAUCAACGUCAAAGAAUUGCAGAACGAUUUCGUCGGCAACGUACAUAUAAAACAAGAAGUUAUUGAGGACAUACCCGAACCUGAGUCGCCUUCACCCAAGGAACUAUUUAAACUUAAGGACUCACCUAAGGAACCCCUUAAAGAAGAAGUGACAAAGGUUUCGGUGAACGAAGAUAGUUUAGACUCGAAAGUAGAUGUUGCUAAAAUUGAAAUGCCUAAGGUGUCACCACAAUCAGUGAAAAUGCCUCAUGUAUCACCCGCACCAUCGCUGCCUUCGCCGAUCGUACCACAAACUGUACCCGUACCGGCCGUACCCCAAACUGUACCCGUACCGGCCGUGCCAAAAACUGUACCUGUACCGGCCGUAUCACAAACCGUACCCGUACCGGCUGUACCUGUACACACCGUACCCGUACCGAUACCGGUACUGGAUGAGUCAAAUAUGUCCCAGGGUUCAUCACAAGAGUCUAUAUGCAGCAUCAAGGACGCGCCGAUCUUCUACGAAAAAGAUGAGAGCCAUCUCCGACCUUCCUCCCAAAACUCUAACUAUAGCUUCAACGACGUAAUCAACGCGAGCCAAAACAACCUUUAUCAGAAGGAUAUAAAGACCAUAACCGCGAAUCAAAACAGCUUGUACGACAAAGAAAUAGAAGUUAAGGUUGAUCAAAGUCUAUAUCCAAAAGAGAUAGAGACCAUUUCAAGCCAAAGUAGUUAUACCAAAACUUCUGCUAGUCCAAGUGAUUACAGCAAAAUACCUGCCAUUCAAAGUGAUUACAGCAAAAUACCUGCCAGUCAAAGUGAUUAUAAUAAUAAACUUCCCUCCAGUCAAAGAGAUUAUAGCGAGAUUUCCGCCAGUCAAAGUGAUUAUAGCAAGCCUUCUGCAAGUCAAAGUGAUUAUAGUAAGAUUUCUACCAUUCAAAGUGAUUAUAGCAAGAUUUCUACCAUUCAAAGUGAUUAUAGCAAGAUUUCAGCCAUUCAAAGUGAUUACAGCAAGCCUCCUGUCAGUCAAAGUGAUUAUAGCAAGAUUCCUGCCAGUCAAAGUGAUUAUAGUAAAAUAAGUGCCAGUCAAAGUGAUUAUGGCAAGAGAAUAGAGGUGACUACAAGCGAGAAUAGUCUCUAUGACAAGGAUCUAGAGGUGGAAACAGAGUGUGAUGAUAAGUAUGGAGAGAGUUAUGAGGCUCCCAACUAUGAGAUGUAUGAGCAAAUGGCUAUGGCGUAUCAGAGUGACGUUGCCAGUCAGCAAAGAUCAAGCGGGGAAGCGGCCACAGUAGCAACAGGCGAGGUAGAAUCUCAGCGUAUAGAGACAGUAGUGGGCGCGCGAACUCACGGCGAAAUCAAGUGUGACUGGAGAGCUGGGGACGCGCCCACCACACCGCAUCGCUCGCAAAGACCUUCCAGAUGGGGUCUCAAGCCGGGUGAAGUGAACAUCGUACUGACAGGCGGCGGCAGUCGGUUCCAGCGCGACGCCGCCGAAGCGGAGCCCGUGUACCGCAUACAGAGCCUCGCUAACCGCACCGACAUCAGUACCGGAUAUGAUGAAGCGUACAUGGACAUGUACGGUGCAGCCGACCGCCUUCAGUACGGAGACUGUUUCAGCGACGACAUUGAAGUUGACGCCAACCUUACCCCAAUAUCCCCUAAUAUCCCCGAUGCCUCCGGCACCACCCGUGUCCCCGGUAAUGCCCAUAUUUCCCCCAAUAUCGUUCCCAUUGCAGCCAAUAUUACUCCCGUUCCUAAGGAACCCAAAACAAGCGCUCUGGAUGAGAGGAUCUUUAGGGCGUUGCAGGAAACUGUGUUAGGAGGAAUAGCGAAAGAACUCGAUGGCGACAAAGACACAUCCGACAAAGAAAAAUCGGUCACGAGCGCACCGAGCCGCGCGGUGAAGCGCGUGAGCUUCGCGGACGGGUACAAGCCGGGGCAGGACUCCGAUGUGGAGGAACCGCCCGCCAAAAAGCGCAAGCGUCCCCGGCGCCUGGGUUGCGCGUGGCCGUGCCCCGCCUCGCACCCCGACCACGUGCCGCUGUGGGACGCGCUGCCGCCGCCGCCGCCGCCGCCCGGCUCGCCGCCGCCACCGCGCCGCGCCGCGCCGCCCGUGCACCUGCUGCGCGCCGCGCGCCGCCACGCCACCAUACUCACCCUACCCGCACCGCCCGCCAAGUUCGAUCCGCCAGUGCCGUUGCCCGGCUUCAUGCCGCCCGAACCUCCGCCGGGGCUCAUCGCGUUGCAGUAGAAUAGGAUUUAGAUUUAAGUAUACCUUGUGACUUUAUUAAUAAUUGAUUACUUUAUUAAAUGUAAAUAAAUAAUAAUAAUGAAUUUAUUUGAUUAUU